AUGGCCAUGGCGCUGCGGGAGGCAGCUGGUCCUCAAGCGCGGCCCCAAGCGCGGGCGUGUAGGAGACCGCGAUUCCUCGCCGCUGCCUCCGCCGAGGUCGCCCACCGACGAGGAGCGGUCGUGGAGUCCGGGGACAAGCACGGGCACGCCGGUGCCUCGGAAGCAGGCCUCCGUGGAGUAGCUCGCGUCGCUCCCGCUCUCCAGCCGCCGGCGCGGCACCCGCCUGCGUACGUAUCCUACCCGUACCAUGACAAACAGUCCAGGUCAAAGAUACUCCCUCCAAUCCAUCACCAUCGUGGCCUCAGACAAGGGGAUGCUCUUUCCCCCUUCCUCUUUGACCUUGCCAUUGACCCGCUACACCGACUCUUCGAAAUUGCAACUGAUGCAGGGGUCCUGUCCAAACUCAAGGGAAGACACUGCACCCUUCGGGCCUCCUUUUAUGCUGACGACGUCGCACUCUUCUUAAACCCAACUCAUCAGGACAUUGAGGGGCUCGGGGCGAUCCUGUCGGCCUUUGGCCGGGCCACGGGGCUAAUCACCAACCUCGCGAAAAGCUCGCUCUCACCGAUUAGUUGCCAUGGUAUCAACAUCCACGACCUUGCCUCAAGAGCGGGGAUUGCAAUCGCUCCCUUCCCGUGCAUGUACCUUGGGAUGCCCCUCUCCAUAAAGAACCUCACAAAAGCAGAUUGGCAAAACCUCCUCGACAAGAUGGACCGGCAUCUGGCAACCUGGAAAGCGAGGAUGAUGAGCAAAGCUGGUAGACUGGAGAUGUUAAACACAGUCCUAACCUCUCUGGCGGUCUACAUGAUGAGCAUUAACACCAUGCCAGUUUGGGUAAGGAAAGAGUUCGACAAACGUCGCAGAGCUUGGCUUUGGGCCGGAGAGGCCUCCUGCAACGGAGGUAAAUGUAAAGUCAACUGGAAACUUGUUUGCCGUCCUAAGCACCUGGGGGGCCUGGGAGUUCACUGCAUCGACUCCUUUGGGACGGCCUUGCGUCUUAGGUGGAUGUGGCAAAAGUGGAAAUGCCAGAACAAGCCUUGGGCCCACUUACAUGUGCCCUCGACGACGAAAGAACGGGCGCUGUUCGCGGCCGCUACCAACAUAACUCUCGGGAAUGGCCAAACGGCUAAAUUCUGGACUGAUCGUUGGCUCAACGGCGCGGCACCACAAGACUUGGCCCCUGACCUUUUCAAGAUCUCCAUUAGGAAAAACAGAUCGGUCAAGGAUGCGCUAACAAAUGAUAAGUGGUUGCAUGAUCUGCGCUUCUCCCUUGAUGAAAGCCACUCCACACAACUCUCCCGUUUGGAAACGCUGCUUAGUGAUGUAAACCUAUCAGAUGCCAGAGACGACAUCUCCUGGACCUUUGGUAACAAGAACCACUACACCGCUAGAUCGGCGUACCAGCUUCAGUUUAUUGGGGCGGUUGGGACUGACUUCAGGAAAAUUAAACCUCGAAACUGCAGAGCACCUUCUCACCGAAUGCCCUUUCGGUCUGAAAGUUUGGUCUCAUGUUGCCAACCAACUGAAUCUACCUGCACUCAACCCAGAAACUUGGCCAAGAGACCAACACAAUGUCUAGUCCUGGUACAGAUGAUGGUGGGCGAGAAGUCCAAGGAGAGCAGGAAAAUAAUAUUCCCCCUCACAAACCUAAUCUGCUGGGAGAUCUGGAAAGAGCGCAACCGCAGAAUCUUUAACAAAAAAGAACUGCCAGUCCAGGUUUUCAUCCCCAAGGUCAUGGGAGAGAUAGAGUUAUGGAGGAUAGCUGGAGCCCCGAUCCCGUUGGUCGCGCUAACAGGCGGGGCACCUUUCGACCCCGGUUAA